AUGACCUUUCUUCUCCAUGAAGGACACCUUGCUCGACCUGUCUGGACUGGCUUGGGGCGCGAGUAUCUCAAAAAGUACCAAUUUGGAUCUGACGACCAAACCAAGAAGAAGAAGAAGAAGAAGAAAGAUAAGAAUCCAAAACCUAAUCCCGCCGCCGCCGGCGUCCUCGUCGUCGACGAAGACCCCGUGUGGCAAAAGCCUGUAAUUUACGAAGAAGAAGAAUUCGUCGACGAUGAAGUGCCUUUAGUAGAUGAAGAUGUUGAGGUGAAGCGUCUGAAGAGGCUCGAAGCGAUUCGUUCUCGGAAACCCUAUGACGUGUGUCUGAAAAAGUAUCUAUCUCGAUCUGACGACCAAACCAAGAGGAAGAAGAAGAAGAAGAAAGAUAAGAAUCUCAGACCCAAUCCCGCCGCCGCCGGCUUCCUCGUCGUCGACGAAGACCCCGUGUGGCAAAAGCCUGUAAUUUAUGAAGAAGAAGAAUCCGCUGACGACGAAGUGCCUUUAGUAGAUGAAGAUGUUGAGGUGACGCGUCUGAAGAGGCUCGAAGCGAUUCGUUCUCGGAAACCCUAUGGCGGUAUUUCGGAAGAUGGAAGCGGUUGGGUUUCGAUCUCGAACUCAGAUCUCUCUCCGCCUCGCCAGCGACGGUCGAGAUUGGACACGCCACCAUCGGAUAGGGAACCGAAUGCAGACGACGCUAAGGAUGCUGAUCUCUCUCCACCAAGGAGAAGAAAGGGGGUUGUAGAUGACCUUUCUCCUCCACGAAGGAAUCGGAAUCGAUCUCCCAAAGUAGAUGCUGAUCUCUCUCCGCCAAGGAGAAAUAGAAAGGAGCCCGUAAAUGACCUUUCUCCUCCUCGAAGAAAUAGAAAUCAAUCUCCUGAAAGAAAGGAACCAUCUCCAGCAAAAGAAUCAAGGAGGACUGGGUUGUUAUCAGCUGAGGAGAUUAAAAAGGAGAAUGACAAGAAGAGGAAGGAGGAAAUAUCAAGGUUUGCUGCUAUGGAUCCAUCUAUGAGUGGAAAAGGAGCACAACCAGUUUUUCGUGAUAAAGAAGGUAGGCGCAUUAAUACAGAACAGCUUGCGAGAGCACAAGAAGAAGAGAAACCAAAGGAAAAGAACUUGGAAUGGGGUAAAGGGUUGGCACAAAAGAGAGAAGCGGAAGCUAGGAUCAAGGACUUGGAACUGGAGAAGGAUAAACCUUUUGCACGCACUAGAGAUGAUCCAGAACUCGAUAAAAUGUUAAAAGAGAGGAUCAGAUGGGGUGAUCCUAUGGCGCAUUUGGUCAAGAAGAACUCAGAGCUUGUCUUGGAAGAUCUUGGUACUGACGAGAAGAUGAAAGAAUCCGGUUUUAUAGUUCCUCAAAGUAUUCCUAGUCAUAGUUGGAUAAAGCGGGGAAUUGAUUUUCCUCCAAAUCGAUAUGGUAUAAGGCCAGGGCGGCACUGGGAUGGAGUUGACUGUAGUAAUGGAUAUGAGAAAGAACUAUUCAAGAGGCAGAAUGAGAAGCGAGCUACAGAAACAGAAGCUUAUCUGUGGUCGGUGUCUGACAUGUGUGAGCCUUCAGGAAAAAAUUUCGUCAGGUGUAUGUUCCUUCAGUACGAUGGAAAGGAAUUGUGCUUUGGACAGAAAGCUUUUGGGUUAAAACUUGCUUAUCUCUGACUCAGACGUAAAAACUUGCUCUAUCUCUGACUCUGACAUAAAAGGGGUCAUACCCUGCACCACGGAAUUGAAGUAAGGCUGUGAAUUUGCUCAUCUUACCAUGUGCUUAAGGAUUUAAUGUGCUGUAUUACAAGAGUUGGUCUAAUUCCUUAUGAGAAAUCCGUUGUUUCCAGUUUUCUUCUGAGCUUCCAAAAGUGGGAAGUGCGAUAGCUGAAGGAUUGUCUUGAGAUCAGCAAUAAGGUUCCUUUUAUGUUAAAGUGGAAUCCUUCAGUACCAUCCUUCAGUACCAGCAUCGUUUUAACGUAUUAGGUGUAUGAGAGAAUGGUAAACUUCUUUCUCAUAGUAGCCGCCACGGUUUGAAGAUCCCUUGAGUUCGUUGGUUAAUGCAUACAAUUGCACCUGGGACUUGUGCUUAAGAUUCUUAGUAAUUGAUAUUUGUAACUGUAGUGCAGAUAGUUGAAAUCUCCUACUAUAUGCCUUGUUUUACUUAGGUGGUCGGUUGACAUGUUUAUGUCUUAUAUGCAUCCUUAGUAAGGACCUAAGGUCGUGUCAAAUUUGCAAGUCCAGGCUGAGAUCCUUUGAUAGAUGUAAGUCUGGCUAUAUGUUUUCUAUAUCUUCAUGGUAAUUCAAUUUUAGCUAUAAUUGUUGCUGUUU